UUUGUCGAGAUGUCCAAGGUUCCCAAGCACUUCGGAUUGAAACCCAAAGAAGAAUCCUACAUGUUUCAAGAGCUUGAGAAAGUUCGCCAGGAGACCAGGAAGGAUUUUCUCCGAUUCAAGCAGAAGUGGGCCUCCAAGCCGACUUUGGAUGAAAGCUCUGAUCACGGCCCGGAGGACCCCGGCCCGACCCGCCAUGAGGAGAAGGCUGGGCGCCUACGGCCCAAAGGGACCCCUCCGGCGAGGGGCCCUGCGACCUCCGCGGCGGCCCGGCUGCAGAAGGCGCUCCGAGGCCCGGCGGCCGCUCCGGAGAAGACCCGCUCCUUUCGCCCCCAGGACUUUUACAUGACGAGCUCCGCCUUCCUACGACAGGGGCCGCCGAAGAAGCCACCGGUCAUCGCCCCAGGGGUCGGCACGGCCAGACCCGUGGUCCUGCUGCCGCCACCCGUGCCACCCGUGAAGCCCAGAGCGCGCCGGGACCCGGGUAGCGCGCGGCCCGCAGCGCCCAGGCGGGUCCUCCACGUGGCCGGCGGGCACCAGGCGAGCCAGGACCCGCCCCCGGCGUCGGAGGGGCUCAGGCCCAAGGACAGGAAGACCAGCUCCAUCUCCAGUGGGGACGGCGACGUGGACCCGAGCUCGCAGCAGCAAGCAACGAGGAUCCGCACCCACUUUGUGCGCCAGGGCUCCGGCGAGGCGCGGGCCUCUGUUCCCAAAGCCGUGCGCGAAGGUGGCCGGCCCAGCGAGUCGCGCGAGUCCGAGCGGCGGUCCCCGCAGCCCGCCCGAGCGAUGCCCAAGUCCAUCGAGGAGAUCAUCGCCUCGCUGCAGUCCGAGGCUCAGCUGGCCUUCGACCAGACUAUCAAAGAGCUCAUUCAGAGUGUCCUGGGCCAGAACUACGACAUCAAAAUGGAAGAUAUUUCUUUAAUGGGAGAAAUGUACCUCAAAACACCUCAGGAGCAAGCAGAAACACCUGAGAAAGAAGCAGAGCAAGGGUUACAGAAAACUGUUGAGGAACCUCAAACGAGUAUGGCUGAGUUGCUUCCAGAAGAGACGUCAAGUGUUUUCCAGAUCGUACAGGAGGAUGUGUUAGAGUGGGAGGCUGUGGAAGGAGAAAGCACAGUAUUUAAACCUCAGGAAACUGAAGAAAUUCAGCCAGCAGAGGAGUCAAGUAAGCCUUCGGAAGAUGGGCAUCCCGAAAGCGACUUAAAAGCACCUAAGAGGGUAUCGUUAAAGGUGAUCUCAUCGGAAUUCUUGCAAAUCCAAGGAAAAGAAUUUAAGCGACGACAAAAAAGUAAACCAGUAGUUUUUCCAUUGAGACGGAGAAAGUCUUUAAAACCUCGCUGUGAUCAAAAACCAACUGAAAAAAUCCCACAGGUGUACCUGACCCCUAACAUUCAUGACCUGUGCACCACCAUGCCAGCCCAGGAGCUGCCCCUUGACCUGUGCCUGGCUUCUCGUGUGUACCACACCCCUGACAAGAAAAGCCACAAUAAUCUGCUGGGAAUAUUCAGACAAUCUUUAUUCAGUGAUCACUUUAUAGAUACAGAAGAGCAAAGAGCUAGAAUACUGUAUGGAAUUCCUGUUAUGAGUGAAAAACAAGAAUGUGGUAAUGUUCCUCCAACAUCACCAGCGAAUUCCCUUGAAUUGGCACGAAGAACUAGUUGCCAUGCUUACACGCCACCCCUGAACCUCCUGGGACAAGAAAUGUCUGCUCAUCCAGGAUUUACAAAGUUGUUGUGGAGCCCAACUGCACCCAAAUUUGCUGCUCCAGAAUCUGUCAUGAGGGAAAUGUUAUAUCCAAAAUACGAGAGUAUUCAAGCAAGCAGAAUUUUAGCUGAGAAAUUUUUGUCUGAAAGCAUGGAAAGUAUCAUUAAUUUAGAUGAUUAUAAAAGAAAUUUUAAGUCUUUCAUACUAAAAAAAUCUGCUUCAUUUGAAAAUAUUCAAAAACAUUUUAGAACACAAUUUCCAAAAUUGAAGAGAGCAAGCUCUGCAGUUGAGUUGAGGAAGGAGGAGUGCAUUGCACCAUUGCAAAUUAGGGAUGACAUGCAAAGCAACAUGGAAGUGCUGAGUUUCCAGAAGGAGAUGGCACGGAAGUGCCAGUUCUCUAAGCCAGAGAGAACAUCUGAGGUCUUUGUAAAAGAGCACAUAAAUGACAUCUUUGAUAGCUUGCAGGAGAAACACAGUCUGAAACAUCCAUCUCUCUCCCUAACUGAAGCUUCAAAAAAGGCUGGCCUCAGUUACAUUAUUUAUCCCAAGAAAAAGAAGAUGAAAUGGAAGAAAGGAUUAAAGUCCUCAAAACUGGAACGUGUGUAUGAAGAGUUAUCUAAGCCCCCAAGGAUAAUUAAAAGAUCCAUGUCUCAUGGAAUACUUCCUGGACAGAAGAAAUAUUUUAUCAAAGUUCCAGUAUAUGAGCGCCAAAUACGGUGUCCCAGUGCGCCUGCGUAUUUAAGUUUUGAUGAAUUUGUUCAAAGUAAGGGAGGAACACCAGCAAAUAGUGAUCCUUGGACAUGGGCAAUUUCAUUCAUUAACGCUAAACGUCAGAAACCUCCCAAGCAAACUGUGGAAACAUCUGUCUCUAAAGAACUGCCUGAAAAAGUGUCAGAGUCAACAAAACUAGAAUUAAAUGAUUAUGUGACAUGUGGUCUUCCACCAGAAGUCAUUAGAUACUAUGAAGCCCAAGUAGAAAUUCUGACUGAAGAAAUAAACAAUAAGGAAACAUUUCCUGUGUUUGCAUAUUGUAGGCGUGGAGCUAUUUAUAGGAAACUGGGAAAAUUACAGAGUGCCAUGAAUGAUCUACAAAAAGCUAUAUUCUUGGAGCCAUUGUUUCUAAAUGCCUUUUGGCACCGACAUUUCAUUUAUCUCUUCCAAGACAGAAUUAAUGAUGCUUUGGAUGACUUGAAUUAUAUAAAUAAAUAUAAUAAAAAUAAUGCAGAGGCAUAUUUGUCAAGGGCAGAAAUUUUCAGAGAAAAAAAUAAUAUUACUUUGGCAAUUCUAAACUAUACCCAGGCAAUUAAGUGCAUGCCUACGAAUGCUGAUGUCUACUUCAAGAGGGGUGAGAUGUAUGAAAAAGCAAACAAAGUGCUGGCCGUUGAUGACUAUUCCAAAUGUAUUUUUUAUGAUCCCCAAAGAACAGAUGCAUUAAUGAAACGUGGGAUAUUUUACUAUGAAAAUGAGAGCUGGACGGCUGCCAUACAGGAUUUCACAGCUUUGUUAAAUAUAGAUCGCCUGAAUUCUCAAGCAAGGACCUACCGAGGAAGAGCAUAUUUUAAAAAGCAGUUGUUUAAAAAAGCAAUUGAAGACUUUGCUGCUGCUAUCCAUUUAGACCCUAAUAACUGGUUAGCACUGUAUUACAGAGCUUGCUUAUUUAGGAAGACUAAUCCUUAUAGAGCGCUACAAGACUACAGUGUGUCAGCUCUCAUAAAUGAUGGAUAUGAGAAUUUUAGUUGUUUUCUACAUCGGGGGAUACUCUACACACACCUGAAACUUUGGUUGCUGGCAAUUUGUGACUUUGAAACUGUUAUUUCUCUAGAAAGAACUGUUAUUUUGGCUCAUAUAAAUAUUGGCCUCAUAUACCUGCUGCACCUGGAUAACUACACUGAAGCCAUUUGGCAUUUUUCUGAAGCUAUUAAAAUUGAUCCUUUAUAUAUUCAAAGCUAUAUCUGUAAGGCAGAAUCCUACCAUAAGUUGCAUAAAUUGAAAAGGGCAGUAAGUGAGUUAUCUCGUGCUAUUCACCUUCAUCCAGAUGAAAUCGAAUUAUAUAUAAUAAGAGGACAAUAUCUUCUUAUGAUGAGGUGUUUUGACCUUGCAAAGUUCACUAUUUAUCAAAUCUCAGAAAUGAACAAAGGUCUCAUUGAGUUGAGCCCAGUACAGCAAGCGCUCAUUUAUUCAUUUUGUGAAAAGCAUGACAAGGCCAUCCAGGUCUUAGAUGGGAUCAUGUUGAAUAAACCAGAGAUAAUUAUGUAUGCAGUGUUAGCCAAAGCCCAAAUGAAAGCUAAGAAAAUCAAGGAAGCUGUGAGGAUGUUUAAAAAGGCCUUGGAAGCCUUUCCUCAGUCUGAAGCACCAAAUGACCUGGCUAUUUCAGGGGACUGUCUGUAUAAUUUGGGUCUCUGCUACAUGAAGGAAGGCAACAUACAAAUGGCCUGUGAUUCUUUUACAAAAGCUGUGAAAGCAAAUCCUGAUCUUGCAGAAGGCUUUUAUCAUCGAGGACUUUGUAAAGUAAAACUCCACAAGGAUAGCGCAAUUCUGGAUUUUAAUCGUACAAUUACCCUCAAUCCAAAACAUUACCAGGCAUAUUUAUGCCGAGUAGCCUUCUAUGGUUUAAAAGGCAGAUAUUCCAAGGCAAUCUUGAAUUGUAACGAGGCUAUCAAAAUUUAUCCUGAGAGUGUUCGUGCCUAUCUCUACAGGGGAGCGCUGAAAUACCACAACAAGAGUUACAAGCUAGCUAUUACAGACUUAACUACAGCUGUUAACAUGGACAAAAACAAUUACAUAGCAUUUUAUAACAGAGCCUUAUGUUACACCAAGAUAGGAGACUUUCAAAAGGCAUUAAUAGAUUAUGGAAUUGUGCUGCUUAUUGGUGCUGAAGAAACUCUGACAUUAAAUACUUACAUUAAUCGUGGACUCAUCUACACAGAACUACAGCAGUACACAUUUGCUUUAGAGGAUUUUAAACAAGCUGCAGUGAUAAGCCAGACUAACGUGAGUCUUUGUCAAGCUACCGCCAUGUGCCACCACAGAAUUAAAGAAUUUGAAAAAGCUGUCACUUUCUUUACCUGGGCUAUCAAAAUUAACCCACGUUUUCUGGAUGCUUAUAUUGGACGGGGGAAUUCUUACAUGGAAUAUGGACAUGAUGAUGCCAUCAAGCAAGCACAGAAGGACUUUCUGAAAGUGCUGCAUUUAAAUCCAGCAUACAUAAAAGCCAGAAUAAGCCUAUGUUAUAAUUUGCAGGCCCUAGGAAAAUUCCAGAAAGCUUGGCUCCACUUUACCAUUGCCAUAAAUGUUGAUCGGAAGAGCUACCUUGCCUAUGAGGGAAGAGCUGUGGUCUGUCUUCAAAUGGGUGACUAUUUGGCUGCGAUGCAAGAUAUCAAUGCUGCCAUAAAGAUCAAUACCUCAGCAGAGUUCUUAACAAAUCGUGGUGUCAUUCAUGAGUUUAUGGGUCAUCCACAGAACGCAAUGAAAGACUAUCAAACAGCAAUUUCUCUAGACCCCAAAUACUCACUGGCUUACUUUAAUGCUGGAAAUAUCUACUUUCGCCACAGGCAGUUUUCUCAGGCUGGUGACUACUUCUCAAAGGCUUUAAAGUUUAAUUCUGAAAACGAAUAUGCUCUCAUGAAUCAAGCUGUCACAAAUACAAUAUUAGAGAAAUAUGAAGAAGCAAAAGAAGAUUUUUCACGUGUAAUUGAACGUUGUCCCUUUUGGGCUGCAGUAUAUUUUAACAGAGCACAUUUCUACUGUUGUUUAAAGCAAUACAAAUUAGCUGAUGAAGACCUUAUUAAAGCCCUGACUUUGAAGCCUAAUGAUGCUGUGGUAUAUAGCCUCAGAGCAAAAGUCCGUGGUAAAAUGGGUCUGAUUGAGGAGGCCAUUGCUGAUUAUAACCAAGCACUUGGUCUGGAAGAGUUCAUCCCAGUUACAUGA